AUGAGCAGGGCGAACCUUGGAAGGGAGCUGGCGAAGGCGAAGCUGCUGGACGUGUCUGCGCCGAUGAGGAGCUCGGUGCUGGGCGGCCUGAAGACCUUGAUCCGGGAAAGCGCGGUCGCGGACCCGGUGCGUAAGGGCUUCGAGGGGGCCAUCGACAGCUUCUUGAACGAUCUGGAGCACGAGAUCGAGGGGAAUCUGGAGGCCGCCCUGCUGAAGCAGAAGUCGCUGGCCACGAUCGAGGGCCCCGAUGGGGGCCGCUGCCCCCUGCGAUGCUACUACAGGGUCCGCGCUUUCAUCCUGUACCACUUCCUGCCACACGACAAGUCCAUAUUCGGAAAGUUGAAGGAUCCCGUGUACCUCUGCAUGUUGUUGCUGACCCUCCUGCCGUUUGCGUUGGUGCGCGUGGCGUUCUAUUCGGUGGUGCUCGCGAUGAUCGUGUUUCCACGACCGCCAGACGAGUUCCAGCUCGUGAACUUCAUCCUUCUCUUUAAAGGGUCCCAGUUCCUCAAUGCCGGGCUGAUCACGAUGGGCAAGGGGAGCAUGAAGUACUUUAUCUGCUUCUCGCUCCACCCCGGCCAUAUGACCACGUGCAUCGUCGAGCGGGGCCCAGGUGCCAGCGACAGCCUCGUCAACGCGCUGAUCGACUACGUGGGCAGCUGCGUUCUGGUCUGGAUCGCCUUCCGCCAGCUGCCGCACUCCGAGAAGCACGCGAGGUCGAAGUACCUGGCCCGCGAGCAGGACGGGCCGCACUCCGACAAGCACGCGAAGGCGAAGACUCCGCAGGAGUCCAACGCCGGCGAGGGCUUCGGCUCGGGCAAGGGAGGGCAGCUCGGCCGGCUGCUGUGGUACGACGUGCGGUGCUUCGCGCUGAGCCUCGCGGUGCUCGCCGUGGUGGCGGUGGUGACUUGGAGAUUGGAGUACGAGCAGCAGGACUUCCUGCACUGGGUGCUGCGCUCCGCACACUUCCGGGAGGACCUCUUCUGGUGCAAGGUCCUCUACGGCAUCCUCUCCCUGCCGUUCCUCCCGUUCUCCGUGUCGUUUCUCCUGAAGGUGCUCACGCACUGCGAGUACACCGGCUACAAUGAGCACGGCGGGUGCGUGGCGUUCGACAUUCCGAUGAACGCUCGGGCCCCGAACUCUCCACAGAAGGCGUCUCCAGUCAAGGCGACAAACGAGCAGCAACGCGAGGCGAGGUUCGGCCACUGCCUCGUCCCAGGGCUGUGCUCCCGUGCCGUCCGAGCGCUCCCGCGCAGGGACGGCGCGGUGCGCCCCGGGCGUGCCGCCAGAGGCUGGCGCGGACACCACCACCGGUCGACCCGGAACCCGCAUGCCAACGUGGAUCCCGCAGGAGAGAAGGUUCACCGGCUGGCCGUGGCGUGGGAUUGUCGCUGCGUGGCGCGAGGCCUGCUCAAGUUCCAAACUGCCGCUGCUGACCUCAAUGGCGCGGCCCGGUCCAAGUCCGCGGCCAAGGCGUUGAUCGAAGCGUUGUCGGCCGAGUUCGAGGUGCCAGACGGGAGCGUGCCGUGCCAGACGUUUGAGAAAUUCUCCCGUGACUUCCCAAUCGCGGAAGUCCAGAACGUGUCAGCAACCUCGAUUGCGAUAACAAGGGAUGCGUUUGCCCAGGUGCUGAAAAAAAUCAACCACGAUGUCAUUGCUGCGCAGUCCAAGGACGCAAGUCGCACCCUGAACCGCGAUGGGCAGGAGACGUCUUGUUUCGUCGUGGUGCACGUGCACGAUGAGGCAGCUAUGAAAGUGAAAUCUUUUGAUUUCGACGGGGCUUUUCGGCCUGAGCUACAGAACAGAACUGUCGGGCGAUACUCCAAGGUGCAAAAUCAGGCGGUCUGCGUCGAUUUUGGACAGGCGCGGGUGCCAGUGCUCACCGAGCUGAUGGGCAUGUCCGUCAAGGACGCGCCCACGAUUGCAGAAUGUCUAAUCCAGGUGUUCGAGAGCAUUGCCCGUGCCAUCAAGGAUGGGUGCCCGCGCGCCACCGUCCGCAUCGUCCACGUCGUCAUUGGCGAUGCCGCUGCCACGAACGAGGCGGCUUGCAAACGGCUGUUUGCUUUCCUCCAUGCUGCGGAGCGCCAGCUGGGGAUCAGAUAUUAUUUGGUCGUGGUCAAAUGCGCAGCUCAUCAGGCAAACUUGGUUGUGCAGUGCGCCAUAUGUGGCCAAUGUUUACAGGACCCGCUGAACUCAGACGCGCUUUGCGCUGCCGCUUCCAGGGCGUUUAAGUAUGUGAUUCCCGGGAAGUUGUGGAUGAUGUCUCGGCGGCACAAUCCCAUGGGCUACUCCCGAAAGUGCGAGGAAUUCUUGCAGGUGCCCGACGACGACUUAGACUUGGGCUACUCUCUGGCGUUGAAGCGGGAGGCCUGGCGCUGCAGGAGCCUCAGCGACGCAGCGAUGUGGUUGAUGGCAGAUGAAGUGCAGGAGGAAAUCGACGAAGUGCUCGGUUCCAUGUUGGCCAAUAGUCUUGACGCGGAACGAAAGAUUCAUCAGGGCAGGACGCCAGACCAUGCGAAGGCGAGGUCGUUGGCGGUAGCAUCGCGGAAUCAGCUGCUCCACCAGUACCAUGUCGAGAGGGAGCGUUUCCUGGCCUGCAGGAUGCGGGCGGCCAAACAGGGCGAUAAGGAUGCGUUGCGGUCACAAGUCGAGGCGCACACAGCCGACCUGGAAGCGGAAGUCGCAGCCCGACAGGGUGAGGCUGCCCGCUUGGCCCGGCUGGCCAACGCGGCGCACGUUCCUGUGACGCAGCGGGUGUGGCUGGUGCAGAAAGAGGCUUUCCCGGAUGUGGGGAAGGACAAAAAAGUCAGCUUUUGGCUUCUCGGACCCAGCGAGGCCCAGGGGGUCGACCACGACAGGGUGUGGGUGUUGGAUGCUCACGCCCCCACCGGGCCGUGCAUGCGCGGGGCCAUCAGGCGCACGAUCGGUUGGAAAGCUACAAAGGACAGGGGCUCGAAGAAACCGCGCCUCGAGGAUGGCGACGCCCAUGCUUCGGGGCAGAGCUGCGGCGCCGAAGUCGCCGCAGGGUCCGGCCCAGCGGCGGCCCCGCAGGGCAUGGCACCGGCCCCGGCGGCUCUGGCAGCGGCUUCGUCGGGCAUGGCGCCGGGGGGGGCGGAGGCGGCGCCCGAGCGGAAGCGGAGGGAGACUCUGGCCGAGCACGUCAGCAGCGAGGACAACGACGACGUGUCCAUCAAGACCCGCCGGUUGGACUGCCAGAAGGCUUGCGAGGCCGGCCGCUUCUACGUGCCAGGAGAGACGGACACGGCCCAUUUCCGGGCGAAGAUGUACGUUGGCUACUUGAAAAAACAGAAGGCCGAGCACAUGAAGAGGGAUUCGGAGAAAUCGUUUGCUGAUGAGCUGUCCGUUGAGUCAAGGUAUUUCUUUCAAUACCUCGCCGAUUGGAUCUUGAAGGGGAAGACGCACGAGGUGAUCGGCCACUUCGCGCCGCUCUUCCGCGAGGCCAAGGAGCUGCGCCCCGCCCUGGUCCCGAAGAUUGCGCAGGCGAUCUGCAGCAUCGGCGAAGUGGACCUCCUGGGGCAGUUUUCGGGCCCAGAGAGCGAGCUCGAGAAGUACGGCCUUCCGCCGAAGCGCAUUUCUGCCCUUGCUGGGAACCCGUUCCUGGCUGGCUUCCGGAAGGCCCGGUUCGAGGCGCAAUUCGCCCUGGCGAAGACAGCCAGCUCGUGGCGCGGCGCGGCGCCGGGCCCGGCUGCGGAGCAGCCCGGCGGCGAGCAGCCAGGCGGCGAGCAGCCGGGCGGCGAGCAACCCGACGGCGAUCAGCCCGGCGGCGUGCAGCCCGGCGGCGAGCAGCCGGGCGGCGAGCAGCCAGGCGGCGAGCGGCCCGGCGGCGAGCAGCCAGGCGGCGAGCAGCCAGGGCAGGGGCGCCGCGGCAAGGCGGCCGCGUGGAUUUACAUAUCUAUGCCACACAUGCGUUGGCGCGCCUUGCGCAAUGGCGAGAAGGUUGACUCGGCCUUCAGCUGGAAGGCUGUGUCUGCGUGGGUGGCCCUCCAGGCGGGGAAGCCCGCUCCGCCGUUGGACAGUAUUGAUGCAGAGUUCAUGGGCGAUGGAGAUGUCGACGACGCCAGACCGGAAUCAUAUAUGAAAGAUGGCGUGAUGGACUGGCAGGCGUUCAACGAGGCGCAGCGAGGGCACCGAGAGUCCAAGAGCCGGAAGGGCCCCAAGAGAGGCCAAGGCGCCAAGGCCUGCGGGUCGAAGGCUGUUUCCGAGCGCUGCGGGGCGCCUGGCAAGGGGCUGGGCUUCCGCCCCUCCGCGCCCCGCGCGCAGACUAACCAGGAGAGGCCCCAGGGCGACGGCAGGCAGGAGGAUCGCCGCAGCACCAGCCGCCAAUCGACCGCUUCUGCCGGCUUCCUGCCCAACGUCCCGCCCACCGUGACCGGCGGUAUGAGCAGAUCCAGGUCCGCCGCGGAGCUCGGCGCCGCGGGCGAGCGCACGGCCACGCCGCCGUGGGGCGCCGCCCGGGCGCACACCGCGGGCGGCACGGUCGUGGCCGCCGCGCCGCAGCCGCUGCUCGGCACCGAGGGCCCACCGCGGUCGGCCGCGUCGGACGGGCCAGGUAAGAAGAAACGCAGCAAGGUCAGAGAGAAGGAGCCCGAACCCUAUCUCCACGAGGUGUGGGAGAAGUACCCCGACUCGCACAAGAAACCCUCCGACGCCGAGGAUCCCUUUUUGGUGAAGCUGGGCGCCUGCAAGCCGCCGCCGCGGCGGUCGGCCGAGUCGGAGGCCUCCAGCGACCAGGCGGCAGGCCGUGGUUCGGUCGUGGCGCCUGCCGGCGCGUGACAGGCGGCGGGCUAGGGCGCAUGCGCGGCGCCCCCGCGGAGGAGGAGGGAGGAGGAGGAGGAGGAGGCCCAGCCCGGGGCUCUGACCAAGCCGUGCAGUCUUCCGGUGCCCCAGGCCAGGCGCGAGCCGCUCUGCCGCGAUCUGCUCCCGAAGCGCUGCGCGACACGUCUCUUGCACCACUUCGAUUUCCUCGUUGCGCUUGCCUCCUGGCCUCCUUCCUAUUGCGCCUUGCCGCGCGCGCCCGUGCUCCCGGCGGGGACUGCCCGGCGGGGACUGCCCGCCCCCUGCUGAACAAAGAUCACGAUCUCUCCUGCGACGUGUGUGCUUCCCGUCGGCGGCUUGUCUGGAAGGGUGCUGCGGAACGCAUCCUCGAGCCCUCGAGCCUCGAUAGCUCACUUCUUCGGCGGGUGUCUUGGGCCUUUGCACGCCUGGAUCCUGAAGGUCUGGAUGGCCUAGGUUGGGACUCGGGGUGCACCAGUGUGGUCGACAGCCCUAAGCAGUCUGUGCCGAGGGCCGAGUUGUGUGCUAUUGUCGAGUGCGUUAGGGCUGUCGACCAUUCAGCGGAUCUUUUUAUUUGGUGUGAUCACAUCAAUCAUGAUCGAUCCCUCAGCAAAGGGAGACACCACUGUUUCAAAUUAGAGCACGCGGAUUUGUGGCGUGAGCUGCAUGCUCUCCUGCACGUGCGUUCAGGCAGUUUUGAGCUGCAGCAUGUGCCGUCCCACUUGGCCGAAGAUGAGACUAAGUUUCAGAGGCUGGCUGCAGGUGCCCCCCCUGGGGCUAUCUUCAUCAACUCAGUAGCGGACGGCCUUGCGGACUCUAGGUGCGAGCUUUGCCAGAUCGCCCCUGAUGUUUGCAAGAGAGCUCUCGACCUCGUCGCCAAGGCUGAGUCGGUUCUUCUCCGCAGUGCGAGUUUGUCAAUUGCUGCUGCCUCAUGUCUUCGUGUGCCGCUCCGAGAGGUCAAGCCCGUGCCAGUCCCUCCCGGUGAGAGGCGGACUAAGAGGCGCGAGGCGGCAGCGGCAGCCUCCUCCCACCGUUUUCAGGCCAUUGGUGCGGGCUGGCGUUGUUUCAGGUGUGGCAAGCUGGUCCUCUCCAGCAGCUCAUCCGUCAUGGCCUACCUGAGGACUGCCUGCCCCGCCCGCCCCCCCGGCCCCGCCCAAGAGCCUCCUGCU